AUGGAUGAGGCAUUAUGCAAGGCUGCACGUGCCAGGAGAAAGAUGAUAAUCGAUUAUAAGAGGUUGUGUAGAAAAUCGGUUGUCGAACAGCCUCGGUCAUCGUCAGAUUAUCUUUGUGAUAGCACAUCAGUACCACACGUUGCUACCGGUUCCUCUCUCGAUCAAGAUGGAGUUCUUGAGUUGCGAAUGUCGAAAGGAAAACAUGUAACCGCAAAAUCUAAUCUCAACAGACAAGAGUUUCCGACAGGAACAUCUAAGGAGAACUUUAUCCAGGGGGCAGCUUCAGCCACCACUGAUAUGCGCAGUAUAGGUUUGUCUGUCGAUCAUGAUCACUAUCAGAGUUGUACUUUUAGACCAGUGGUGGACAAUUCACACAACCAGAGUUACGGCAUUAAAAAAACUGUUUGCAAAGCCGUACGUGAUAGGAGAAAGAUGAAAGUUGCACUUAACGUGCAAAAUACGACGCCGUUAUCAGAUGUCACAAAUGUUAUAGGUUCCUCUCUCGAUCAAGAUGGAGUUCUUGAUCUACCAAAUUCGGGAAAGAGAAAACAUGCAACCACAAAAUCUACUCUCAACAAACGAAAAGUUCCGACAGGAACAUCUAAGGAGAACUCUAUACAGGGGGGAACUUCAGACAUUGCUGAUGUAUGCACUAUAGGUUCGUCUGUCAAUCGUGAUCGGUUUCAGAAUUGCGCUUUUAACACAGUGUUGGACAAUUCACAUAACCAGGGUGACAGUAUUAAAAGGUCUAUUUGCAAAGCAGCGCGUGAUAGGAGAAAGAUGAUAAUUGCACUUAAUAGGAAAAAUAAUACGCCGUUAUCAGAUGUUACAAAUGGUUCCUCUCUUGAUCAGAAUGGAAUUCUUGAUCUAACAACUUUGGGAAAGAGAAAACACAUAGCCGCACAGUCUACUUUCAACAAACGAAAGGUUCCGACAGGAACAUCUAAGAAGAAUUUUUUUCAUGGUGAAACUUCCGGCACAACUAAUACACGCAUUACAGCCCGUUACAUGAAGGGAGGUGCUGGUCCUGACAUGGGUGAUAGUUUAAACAAUGCUUCUAUCAAUGCUUACCGGUUUGAGUAUGAUGAUGACUUUGUGGUCGAAACAGAUCCGACUGGAUGCCCUCUUCCAGGGUCGCCCGGCGAGGAAUUUAGUUCAGUGCAUCACUCUGCUAUAUACGAGAAAGCCGAAUGCGAAUUGUCUCUGGAUGUCGGUGAUCCAGUGGUAAUAUGCAGGGAUUGUAAGUCACGUGUUUGGUUUGAAGAACGCGCGGAACAGGAUAUGACGGCUAGAAAUGCAAAAUUCUCUUUGUGUUGCAUGAAGGGCAAGGUCCUUUUGCCGAUACUUGAAAAACCACCUGAAUUGCUAUACAAUUUAAUGAAUGGGAACCAUGCAAAAAGUACAAAUUAUCUUCAAAAUAUUAGAUCUUACAACAGCAUGUUUUCUUUUACUUCUCUUGGUGGAAAGAUACAGCGUGACAGAAACGACGGAGGUGGUCCACCGCAGUUCAUACUGCGUGGCCAAAAUUAUCAUCGGAUGGGCGGUUUGUUGCCUGAUCAGGGUUCAACUCCUAAGUUUGCCCAGCUGUAUAUAUAUGAUACAAGUAACGAGACCGCCAACAGAGUCAAACAUUUCAGUUCUGGUGAUUCUGUUAAUAAAGUCGACACAGGUUUGGUGGAGGAACUUAAGGAAAUGGUUGACGCGUUUAAUAAAUAUGCAAAAAAAUUUCGUCAGGUGCGGGAUCAUGUGGAACAGGGUGGAACGCCAAACUUUUCGGUUAGAUUGCUUGGAAGACGUACACGGGACGCGAGGAUGCACAAUCUGCCGACAUGUGACGAAGUUGCUGCUCUAAUUAUUGGUGACUCUAAUGAUAUGGAAAAUGGCAGAGAUAUUGUUGCUAGAAAUGCGGUCGGGGAGUAUAAGAGGUUGUAUGAAACUGAGCCUUAUUUCAUACCUUUACAAUAUCCUCUGUUGUUUCCUCGCGGGGAGGAUGGAUUUAGCACAAAUAUUCCAAUUAGAGCUGUUGACCAUGGAAAUCAAAAGCGGACACGGAUAACGGUAACCAUGCGCGAAUGGAUUGCAUAUAGAAUGCAAGACAGGGUCGUUGAGUAUGGCAACAUUGUUAACUCGAGGAGAUUGCUGCAACAAUUUUCUGUUGAUUGCUAUACUAUGAUUGAAUCGCAACGGUUGAGGUACAUUAGAAACAAUCAAAAGACCAUAAGGUGCGGCAUUCUGAAUGGUUUGCAUGAGGCAAUGGAUAGGGGUGAAACUGAUGCGUCUAACGUUGGAGUAAAGAUAGUGUUACCGCCGUCCUUUACGGGUGGCAGGCGUUACAUGUUUAAUAAUUGUCAGGAUGCAAUGGCAAUUUGUAAGAAAUAUGGAUAUCCCGAUAUGUUCGUAACAAUCACGUGCAAUUCAAACUGGCGAGAAAUUCAAGAUUUUCUUAAAGAACGAAACUUAAAGGCGUCUGAUAGACCUGAUAUUGUUUGUCGAGUGUUCAAAAUGAAGUUGGAUAAAUUGAUGGACGAUUUUAAGAAGAAAGAAUUGUUUGGCAAAGUUGACGCAGGCAUGUACACAGUCGAGUUUCAAAAAAGAGGUCUUCCGCAUGCUCAUAUCUUGGUAUGGUUGAGUUCAGAGAACAAACUAAAGACGGGUGCUGACAUUGAUAAGAUCAUAUCAGCCGAGCUGCCUGACAGUACACUUUAUCCAAGACUUUAUGAUGCUGUUUCUUCUUAUAUGAUGCACGGGCCAUGUGGUGGUGCCCGUCCUUUCUCGCCUUGCAUGGAUAGGGGAAGAUGUACGAAAUAUUAUCCGAAGGAUUUUAAGGGAACUACGACGAUAGACGACGAGGGUUAUCCGAGGUACAAACGUCGCGAUUUUGGGAUACAUGUUGACAAGCAGGGGGUCCAAUUGGAUAAUCGCUAUGUCGUCCCAUACAAUCCACAUCUUCUCAUUAGAUACGGAGGUCAUGUAAAUGUGGAAUAUUGUAACAAAUCCAACUCCAUCAAGUACCUUUUCAAAUACGUGAACAAAGGCCCUGAUAAGGCAUUGAUGCAGUUGUCUGUUGACGGUGAGAAGCGUGAUAAGUCCAAGCCGGUUGAUGAAAUAAAAGAGUAUUAUGAUUGUCGUUAUGUUUCACCUUGCGAGGCUGUUUGGAGGAUAUUUGCUUUUGAUAUACACCAUAAAUGGCCUCCUGUUCUGAAACUAACGUUUCAUUUGCAUAAUGAACAAUCAGUACUAUAUGAUGAUUAUCGUGACAUUGAGGACGUGGUGAUGUAUAACGAGGAAGCGUCGACAAUGUUUCUCGCAUGGUUUGAAGCAAAUCGUCAGUAUGUAGGCGGUCGCGAUCUAACAUAUGCUGAAUUUCCAACAAGGUUUACUUAUGAGAAGCAAGACAAAAGGUGGCAGCCACGUAAAGCAGGAUAUCAAAUUGGAAGACUUCAUUACACGCCGCCUGGUAUAGGGGAGUUGUACUACAUGAGGAUAAUGUUGACUGUUCAGAAGGGUUGCAUGGGAUAUAGUUGCAUAAAAACGAUUAAUGGACAUACCUAUGACACGUUCCAGGAAGCAUGCUCAGCUUUGGGAUUACUUGAUGACGACAAAGAGUUUAUAGAUGGUAUCACGGAAAAUGCUGAGUUAGGUUCGGGCCAUCAAUUGCGUUGGUUGUUUGUGCAUCUCUUAACCACUAGCACAAUGACGAGCCCUGAUGUAGUAUGGGAUGCGACAUGGCAGUUACUGUCCGAUGGUAUCUUAUUUGAACGUAGGAAGCGUUUGAAUAUUCCAGAUCUGCGUAUCGGUGAUGAUCACUUGAAGAACCUGUGUUUGAUUGAAAUUGAAAUGUUGCUUCAGGAAAACGGACGGUCGCUUACUGGCUUCAAAUCUAUGCCCAGGCCAAACGCAGCAGACAUGCCAACUUUCACAAACAAGCUUAUCGUUGAUGAGCUGAGUUACAACAAAGAUGAACUGAAAAAGACACACGCUGAUAUGUUACUGAUGCUGACUGAUGAACAAAGAUGUGUGCAUGACAAGAUAAUGGAGUCAGUUGGUUCUGACGACGGUGGUUUUUUUUUCUUAUAUGGUUACGGUGGUACGGGAAAAACCUUUAUAUGGAAAACAUUGUCGGCUGCUGUUAGAUCGAAGGGGUUAAUUGUAUUGAAUGCUGCAUCCAGCGGUAUAGCGGCUCUUCUAUUACCAGGUGGAAGAACCGCGCACUCGGCGCUGACAGUCCCUGUUGAGAUUAAUGAGGCAUCAUCGCUUAAGAUGCUAAAGGAUAGUCCUAGGGCAGACUUGGUGCGUGCUGCAAAGUUGAUAAUUUGGGAUGAGGCUCCAAUGAUGCACCGAUGGUGUUUUGAGGCUGUUGACCGAUCAUUGCGUGAUAUCAUGUCCAAGAAUGAUCCCCUAAACGCGCUUAAACCUUUUGGUGGAAUGACCGUAGUUUUAGGUGGUGAUUUUAGGCAGAUAUUGCCUGUUGUCCGAGGAGGAACGAGGCCGGAUAUUGUUGAUGCCUCCGUCAAUUCGUCAAAAUCAGGAAGAAAUUGCUAA